CAGAAGACUUUGGCCAAAGAACUGGACUUCGAGAAUGAGGCAGACAACGCGGAAAAGUGUGCCGUUCAUUUGGCCCACCUUGGCACUCUUCGGCCAGACGGAGCCGUUCACAUUCCCCGGGUCAAUCGCGAGUUGACGAGCAAACGGGUACUGACCGCAGAAUUUAUCGACGGGAUAAAAGUUAACGAAGUUGCUGCCCUACGCGAAGCCGGCUUUUGUCUAGCCGAUCUCGACAGACUUCUAGUGCAGGUUUUUAGUUACCAGGUAUUUUGUACAGGCUUUGUUCACGCAGACCCACAUCCUGGCAAUCUACUCAUCCGGAAACGGCCUUUCUGUGAUCCACAAUCCCGCUGGUUCGUUUCUCCCCUCACCCUAACACGUCGGGUGGUCAAUACAACCUACAUGUGGUUGUAUUUUAUCUGCCACUUACCCGUCCAGACUUGGAAUUGGCUCCGACACGGUGUGCCCCCGUAUUUUGCAGCACCAGGUGUUUCAAAUAGCACACCUUUGCAACUGGUUCUGUUGGACCACGGUCUGUAUGACAGUCUUCCUCACAACCAGCGUAUUUCCCUCUGUGAAAUGUACAGAGCUAUUUUAGACUGCAACGAGGAGGCUAUGAAGAAAGCGUCAUUCGAGUUGGGUGUUCAAGAUUGGGCAACGUUUGGUGAUGUGAUUUUGCAAAAGCCCUGGCGGCGGAAAACGUUGUAUCUACCAGCCCGUUUGACCGAAGCGGACCGAAUGUUUCUUCGAGCCACUGCAGCUGAACACUUCGACCGUGUUAUGGCUGUUCUCCAGCAAGUGCCUCGCCCCAUGCUCCUGUUCAUUCGG